GUUCAUGAGCAGAGCAGGAGAUGGAGCUGGAUGGAUUAUGAAGGCACGAGCUUUCUACAUAGUUCAGUUGUCAUGAAAGAUACAGCUCGUUCUUAGGUCAUAGUUGUUGCAAGAGUGGGUGAUGUAGGCGCAGUUCAUGAGAGUCUGAAGCUGUGAUUUGGAGUGAUCUAGUCUGAAGUGUAGCGCUGCAGAGCUCCUCACAGUGGACAAUCAAUUACAAUGCAUAAAAUGCCUCCACUGUACGCGCAAUCCCUAGGAACAGUCUCCACCGACAGACUUCAACGCUUGGAAGAAAACACGCACUUUUAAAGGGAGUUUACCAUAACUGGAGCUCAAUCCAGGAGAGAAGAUGCCCUUUUGCAAGAGGACCAUCGUCCCUAAAGAUGUGUGCAAGAGUAGCGCGAAGAGUCGCGGCGCGGUGUUCACGGAUCUGGUGGAUGUGUGCGGCUUGACUCUUUGCGCGCUGCUCCGGCAGCUGUCGGAUUUAUCCCGUGAGUCGGUGAGCAUCCUGGAGGAGCUGGAAGGAGAGCUCGCCUCCAUCUGUUACCGCUCCGGAGCGCUGGAGAAUAAACUUACCAGUCUGCAAAAACACAUCUCAGCACUGGCCAGCAAGCCACCGGUCAAACCCACCACCAACUUGGACUCAGAGAGCAAACGAACGGCCCACUUCCAAUCGUCAUGGCAACAGCAUGUAAAUGUGUUCGGCUCGUGGAGUAGGCCGGAUUGUGUGCAGGAGCUGCACCAGGAGGCUCAGCUGAACCUACAGAGUCUGCUGCAAGAUUUUGAGGAGCAACUGUAUGAUAGCAGAGUAACAGGACAGACAUUCAGACACCCUUCUUCUCAGAGCUCUGAGGACACGUCAACCACUCUCAGCCGAUCUCCUUCCUCACUCAAUAACAAGAAGACGGAGUUCGUCUUUGUGCCUGCAAGUAAGCAGGUGUGUGAGGAUGAGACCACAACAUUAGGGGUCCGGGCGCAGAACCCGACCGCAUGUGGUUCAGAGAGGUCCCUUCUAGGCUGGAAUGCCUCACAAAAUCCCCCUGUGUCAGAGAAACCUCGCUGGCACCUUGGCCGAUACACUCCUGCUCACCUUGUCCCAAUUGACAUUACAGGCCAGAGCUUUGAUAAGCACUCCGCACAUCACAGCGAACUCCGGGUCGCCUUUAGAACUGAUUCAGCAGUCAACCCAAAAAACGUUCGCCGCCCGAGGAGUGUGGUUGCAGGCCCUGAUGUCACGCUGCACUGCCAAGGUGAAGACAAAAUUCUUGCUGUAGAUCUAAUACAAGGUGCCUGUUCCCCUGGAACUUCUCAACCCAGAUCUUUGGAGCCCACCACCGAGAACACAGGCCAACAACAUAUUCCUCUUCGGAAGACCCAAAGUGACCUGGAGCACAAUGUCCCCCCAUCCCCGAAAACCCCAUCAGGCAUGAUGGAUCAUGCCACUUUGAUGUGCCCCAGCCCCUCCUGGAAUGGUCCAAAAGGUUCCACUUUCUCCCCUUCCUGGAAUGACUCCUACAACUAUGCCUUGGUUACAAGCCCUGCUUCUAAGCAGUCUAUUUCUAAAACUGGAAUGUUAACACCUGGAGGUGAAGGAGGUGGUCUAAUGUGUCCAUCCCAGACCAGUUCAGGCCUCUCCAUGAGCUCAGGGUCACACUCUAGUUCUUUCACCUCCAUCUCGGAACCAUGUGGACACCGGUUAUACACAGUGAUGCAUGGGAGUGAGGUUGCAAUCGGGAGACAGAAUGACACAGAGGGAGCAACUUCGAUUUCAAACACAGGAAAUAGCCACAGCAAAAGUGAGCAGGAGAAAAGAUCAGCCCGAUCUAAUGUCUUUAGGUUUCGUGAACGUUCACUUUCAACACCAACAGACUCUGGAUCUUUCUGCUCAGCAGAUAAUGUAUGUUCUCCAGGCGAGACCAUACCUGUCGUUCCAGAGGGUGAGAGUUAUGCCCUGCUAUAUCCAAGCAACAGCUCGGAGGAUAGUAUCAGUGCAGAUAAUGUUUCUGUGACCACAGGUUCAGACUUUAUUCCGGAUGGUCGACUGAGGACACGUUCGCGCAGCAUUUCACUGAAGAAGCCAAAGAAAAAGCCACCACCUCCAGUACGUAGUGUAUCCCUGAUGAAAAACCUGUCAGAGGCUGGAGGGAUAGGCUCCUACCACAGAGAAGGGCACUUUAGAGAUGGGAGACCCAAGAGUCUCUUUAUCCCUCGAGAUCACCAUAUUCAGGAUUCAUUCCAGCCAGACUUCUUAAUUGCAAAGCCUGAGGAGGACACAGACCAGGCCAAUAGUAGCUUGGAGACAGCUUCUGAUAUUUCUCAACAUCCUGACAGAGAAACAGAGCUUGGUUUUCCUCCUCACUGGCCGCUCAAUGAGUGGAAGUCCAACAAUGAUCCCUACCGCUCACUGUCAGGUUCAAGCACAGCUACAGGUACUACAGUGAUGGAGUGCAUCAAGGUGCAGGGGAGCUCAGAGUCCCUGAAUUCACCUUCACCCUCACGUGCCACCUCUCCUUCCCAGCUCUCUAUUGAGGCCGAAACCAAGGUAUCCCCCUUCAAGCCCCCAUGCCUCAUGUCCCCAUCCAGUGGCUACUCAAGCCAGUCUGAAACUCCAACCCCAACUUUAUCAAACACCCUCCUCACUGGACCUUCUCUGGUUGGCUGCAAGAUGCGCCCAAAGAUUCCAGAGAGGAAAUCUUCCCUUCCAGCAACCUCUGCGAAGAAUAAAUCCUCUCGCUCACGUCUUUCUUUUGAACUACCUGCAAACUCUCAACUGGACCUGUCCUCAAUAAAACCCAAGCCUAAAGCCAGCCGACGCCACUCAGACACAUCUACAGCCAACAAACCAGGCAAGUUGAGCUCCAGUCAGUGUUCUUUGCCUAUGGUUACCACAACAGACUUGCGAAAUAUUCGCCUUCGGUCAGUCAGCCGCUCAGAACUUGAAGACAGUCCUGAUGGUUCUUCUGAUGUCAUAGAGGAAGAGCAGAGUCGAGAUCUCAGCCCACCUAUCACCCCCUCUAACACAACGCUGUCUAGGCCACCAGUUGCAGUGAAGCCACCUCUACCUAAGCGACCCAUGAACUUGAUGCUUAAAUCUCCUUCAUCAUCCCCUCUGGCACCUGAAUCUCCUCCAUCUUCCCCUGUGCACCGGCCCAUGCCUGUGUGUAACAUUUAUAUGGUUGUAAGAAAGCCCAAACCUAAGAGAUCAGCUCAGUCACUACUCAACACCUCUGCAAUAACCCCACAAGAGCAACUCCACAGCCAUGUGCCUUCUUUUCCUGAGUUUGACCUGGAGCAUGGGAUUCCCAUUGAAGAAGAUCUUCCAUCCCCAAGUAGCCCAGAGAUAGAGGACAAAAGUAAGACCCUUUCAAGUAGAAUGACAAUAUCCUGUUUAGUAGAAUUAGAUAAAAAGAAGCCCAAGGUACCCCCGCCAGUGCCCAAAAAACCCAAUGUCCUUCUUCUGCCCUCUCCAAGCAUCCAGACUAAUGGCAGCGCAGAGAGGCAAACUCUACUUUCCGACAGUGUCUCCCAGUCACCUAUAGGUCCACCACCAUCUGAGACUGAGGGAGAUUUUUAUAAUGAUGAACAAGACUAUCCCGCAAAGCAAACAUUUGAUGGAAACUAUGAAAAUCUUGAAAGUUAUGAGAUCCCUGGAAAUCAGGAGAACAAUGUGGUAAUUGAAGAGGAUACUUCUAAAGAUGUAGCUUCUCAUCAAAUUAUGGAAGUGAAGACACCUCCAGCAGAUUCAGUAACAGAAACUCCCACAGAAACCAAAGUAUUGGAAGAGAACAGCUCUGCAGUUGACAAGACUGAACUUCACAUUACUGAGGAAACAGACGAUGAUGUAUUUGUUCACACUCCCACAACUCACACCACUGAGGACCUCUUCACCAUCAUACACAGGUCAAAAAGGAAAGUUCUUGGUCGCAAGGAACCAGCUGAUUCUUUUGGAAGCAGGCAGUGUCUGGUUUCACCUGUGAAAAGCAGUAGCACAGACUUCCGAACUCUGGGCCACGGGAGCACACCUAGGUCAAGCUCACGGAAUGAGAAUUUCAUGGCUCUUCUUCAGAAGAGGAGCAGCAAGGCCAGCAGUGGGACCCGAGUCUCUGCCAUGGAGUUGCUGAAGAGCACAAACCCCCUGGCAAGACGAGUCACUGAGUUCUCCCAGUCACCAUCAGAUGUGACUGCAACAAACAUAUCCAAACCAGCUCCACAGGACCAGUGAUUCCACUUGCAGAGAACCAAAUGCUGGAUAUCAAUAUGGCUGGUUUUCUGUUAUGCUCCACUGCCCAUCUCGAUGGUUUAAUUUACAAAGACCUCAUGCUGUUGGUAAUGAAAUGAGUUUGAGUUGUUGCUUUCAAACAAGGGGAUCAUAUUGAUGAUGUAAGAUGUGGAGCGUAAUCUCUAUGAAAGGAAACUGAGCCCACCACUGAUAUAAAAUUCCGACAUAGGUGGACAGAUGUGCUAUUCUGGAAAUUUGAAUGCGAUGAUGAAACACUUGAAUGGAAGCUGACAUCAAGAAAUAUUUUGAGACUGUUCACAACAUUUAGCAGUCCAGUCUAUAUAUGUGACCAAAACCAGCGCUGCCCAUUUUGCAGUAGUUAACUAGAAAGUGUCCUAGUAGGUUGUGUUUUAAAAGACUGCACAAACUCACAGAAACAGGAGAGUAUGACAUGAGUCAGAACAUACCACAGAGAUUGUAAGCAAGGUCUGGUACCCCUUAAAAUGAAGCACUUUCAACAGUACAGGAACUAGUUUACAAGACAAAAAGCUAUAUUUGUUAUUUUCCUUUGUUUCUUUUUAUGAUCUUUUUUUUUUAAAAAGAUAUAAAAGGCUAUAUAAAUGUCUUUUGUUCAAAGCUAUAUAUAUAUAUAUAUAUAUAUAUAUAUAUAUAUAUAUACACACACACGAUAUAUACGAAAAUGUAACUUCAGACCUGCUUGAUCAAAGCACGGACACAAAGCUGUCCAUAUCUGUAACUAUUCUUUGGAAACAGCCUAUUAUUCUAUAAGCUCACAGCACACAAGGGAUUAGAGUGGUCAAAUGAACCAUCAUCAUGCAAUAAAAAUGAAGAAUAUCUAUAGAUCUUCCCACACUGCCAGAAGUGUAAACAAACAGGAUAUAGCUAUGCUUGUGCACAACAACAAACCAAAAUAAUUUCACAAAAUAUACCUUUGAAAAGAAAAUUUUUGGACAAUAUGAAAUGAGAGAAUAGCAAGGAAAUGGACAGUAAAUGUUACCACUGAGCCAUUGGUUUGGCCUUGGCUGUCCGUUGUGUAAAAUCUCUCAGGGGUUUCUUCGCAACUCAGGAAACCCAUCAUGGCUGCUGGUCCCAGUGUAGAAUCUCUUCAUAGAGAUUUCACUCUACAACACACAAAGUAUCAGGUAGAAGAUUUGCUCCUUUGGACCUAUGGAUGGUAAAAGGAGACAUGAUACAGAUAUCUCUCUUUUGUGACUCCACAUUUUUUCCCAGAAAUGUCUAGGUAUAAUGACCACAAUCCCAAAUCAUCUCAUGAAGUUGCAACAUGGUUACAUUCUAAUCCAUGCCUAAGUGCAAAGCUUCUCACUUUACGUCCAUUUCAGACUAUGCAUCAGACCUGCUUUUCUGUCGGCACUGGCAGUGAAUGUCUGUAAAUGUUAGGUGAGGCAAAACUGUUGUGUUUAGAUUACAUUUUUUGACCAAAAAAGAACAUAGGACUUUUUUAUUAAUGGUUGACUUCCAUGUCACUGCAAAAUGGGAUUGCAGAUCAACAUUUGAAUAAACAAAGACUUUCAGACUUUAAUCAAAUGUGGUAAUUUGCUCAAGGAUGCAAGUAGGUCAUCUGUGGUAAAUUGAUCAGUCAUCACCUGUCAUUAUGGGAUUUUUGGAGAGUACUACAGACAGAGGAUCUACUACAGGCAGCUGCAGCUGCAUUCAAAGACUGAUUUCUCAUACCAUUCCAUAUGAAGCUCCCCUUCUUCAUGUGACUGUGUUCUUCUGGCUCUCAAUCAGACAAUGGACCGAAACCUGGUGCUAUUGAGCCAGAGUGCCCUCAGCAGUCCAGGAGUGGAAGCGCUUGGCAAAAAUCUGUUCUAACUCUUGAACACAUGGAGAAUUUAGAUGGAGUCUUGAUAUUCAUCUUCUCAGACUUGUCGUUCAGGUAUUCCGACAAUAUGAAAAGCAUAACGUGAAAAAAAAGAAAAAAGAAAAGAUAGAGACAGAAUACCACCACAUUCAAAUAGUGUGUGACACUUGUUUUAAAUAUUUAGUGAAUGAAAAAAAAUAUGACAACCAGUGUUUAUUUGCCUUGUACUCUGGCGUGAAGCCUCUGUGUUUUUAAAUGCCUUGGUAUUGCACUUCCGUAGAAGUAUUCAAUGUUUCUUUUACUAUUUUUUGAAUUAAUACUAUAAUAUUUAUCACUACUCUUGUGUACUCUGUGCUUACCCUAUCAGUGUCAACAUUACUCUCACAGGUACAAGCAGAAGAGAGAGGGAGGGACAGAGGAAGGAGAUGGGUAUAACUUGGGCAAAACAAAAUAGAGAACACAAGAAAUGUACCUUAGUGGACUGUUAGAAGCCUUGUGCGUCAAUAAUAUACAUCCCAGAGCGCCGUGUCCAGCUUCGACACAGCCGCUAUGCUACUUGUAAUGCAGCAUCCAUUAGAGAGAGAUAUACUUUAUUAUAAUCACUUUAGUAGCAUUUGACCCAGUGACAUGACCGAUAAAGGUAUUCACCAAGUGUAGACAGAUCUUUUAGAGAAUUCCUCUCUAGAGUGUUUGGUUGCAGUUCUCGCACCUCACUCAUGGAAUUUCCCCCCCCCCCUCCAAUUUUCGGUACACGGAGGAGAAACAAAUCUGCUGCACAAAAAUUAAAAUGUGCCAAAUAAGAGAGAAAAAAAUGGACUACAGCAAGUGUUGUCCGAGGCUUAGCUGUCUCUCAGCCCCAAACAAAUUUGUUACCAACCAUCUGGUUGCUGCGAAGCGAAACCAGCGACUUUUAAUGUCAUAGUUUUACAUACAGUUAUAAAUAAGACUGAGUAAAAUAUUCCAGUGUUGGAUCAGCACAAAGGCUAUCUCAGUAGUGACAGACUGCCAGAAUGGGAAAAGCUUAAAAAAAAAUAAUAAUAAUAAUAAUAAAAAAAUAAUCAGAUUUCCCUUAUUCAUUUGGAAUAGAAGAAAGACAGGGUGGAAAGGCAAGAUAAAACUGAGAAUUAUAUUUUUGUUAUUUUAUCCUUGGAAAGACAUAUUUUAAAAUCUGCAUAUUAUUGACCUCACCCUCCAGCAGAAAUGAUGAGGUUGAUGUGAGAUCUCUAAUCAGCUGUAGUAUGUCUUGCCUAUGUGGUAAAAGGUAUAUCAUUAAAAUAAAUUAUUUUUCUUGCAUAACAGC